AUGACCCUCCUCUCUCUUUUCCUCACACACAACCACCCACGAGCCCGAUCGAUAAACCCUCUCCCGUUCGGACGCCCAAUUCUUCUCGACGUCGUUUUCUUCUUCGUCGCAGGCGUCGCUGGUUCUCCGUCGCUCAGUUCUUCUCGGCGUUUUCUUCUCUGUGUCAGAUACUCUUCUCCGUCUCAGGAAUGGCUAGGACAAGGAGUAUGGCUAGAAACCAGAAUCAUGAUGCUGCUGCAUCAUCUAGCAGGGAGAUGCCCAAGACUUGUGAACAUUGAAAACCCACAGCUUCUGGCUUGUGAACCCUAUCACAAGGAACUUCAUUUCCCUAAUUUCCCAUCUGAUUACAAUCCUGGCAUUGGCAGGGUUAUCCUCGUCUUUUCACCCUCAAUAUAUGGGUGGGCGUUUGUUUUGUUGCUUCAUUCCUGCAGGGAGAUAUGGUUUUCAAUAGAGGGUAAAGGAGCAUGGAAUCAUGUCUCCUCCUACCCUUUCUCCAUCCAUGAUAUAUAUGCUUUUAAGGGGAAAAUAUAUGCUCUAAGCGAUCAGAUGCAUUGUUUAUUUGAACUGAGACUCAUUCCACACCCCAAAUUGACAAUGCUCGAAAUCAAGAAGCCCAAAUACUUCUUUUAUGCGACUAGGUUUGUAAGUUCAGGUGAGAGGCUUUGUGUGAGGCCUUCAAUUUCAAAAUUUCUGAAUGAAUUGCACGAGCUAGAUUUUGGGGAAAUGAAAUGGGUAAAACCGUGUGAAAAGACAUUUGAAGAAUAUGCAUUUUUUUAUAGCGACUUGAACCACGGUGCUGAUGUUGCUGUUAAAUGGGAGUCACUCGGGAGAUUUGCUUCAUUUCCCAACACUGAUGAUGAUGGAAAUAUCACCUUCUUUACUGCUAAAAUGUGGUACUUUCCCCAUCAAUCUAUGGAUGUUGAUCGCAUAGAUGAGUGA